AUGCUCACCACUAUACCACCAACGCUGCACAGCCCGGGCCGCCCCCGGACGCCGGCCCAGGCUCCGCACCAGCGCCUCCUCGCCCUCUCGCCACCGCCUCCGCCUGCCGCAGCCCUGCCCCGACGUGCCGGCCGGCCGCAGCUCUGCGCCGUCGCGGGCGCCACCAGCGGCCGCCCGGCGCCCCACCCGCGCCACCCCCACGCAGCCCUGGCUGCUCCGCAGGCACGACCGCCCGCCGCCUCCGCCGCCCGCCUCUGGGGGGCGCUCUCGCCGCCCUGCGGCUCCCGGGCCCUCGGCUGCCCGCCGGGGAGCCCCGCCCCUUGCCCCCUGCCCCCGCCCGGCAGCCGGGCAGCUGUCCGUCGCGUGAGCGAGGAGCCCGUGGCGGCCAGCCCCGUCAGGAGGUCCCGGCUGGGCUGGGCCGAGCCCGCACGCGCCAGGGCGCAGGGCGCCAGGGCCGACGAGGAAGGGCAGGGGGUGCGGGGGGUCGGGUCGACGGCGGGCAGGACGGGCCCCCGCGGUCGCCCGCGCCUCUGGCCGCACGGGGCCGGGCGGAGGCACGAGGGAGGAAAGGAGGACAAGGAGAGAAGGAGGAGAAGGAGGGCCCUGGGGCCGGCGUACGUUUGGGCAGCGCGGCGGCGGCGCCCGCGACCAAAAGAGGGCGUGUCUCGCCUCCCCGUCGGGGAAUCGAACCCCGGUCUCCCCGUGACAGGCGGGGAUACUCACCACUAUACUAACGAGGACGGCGGCGGCGGCCGCCCGGGCGCCCGACCCCUCUCCGCCCGCGCCCGCCCGCCGGCCUGCCUGCCUGCCCACGCCCACCCGGGCCCUCGACGUCCCGCGCCCGUCCUGCCAGGCGCCCGCCACGUGCCCCGGCCACGGCCCACCCGGCCCGACCCCCCGGCCGCCGCGUCAGCGCGCACAGCAGUCCCCCGGCCCGACUCGGAGCGUCGCGCCCCCGACCCGCCGCCGCCCCCCCCGCCCAGCCGCGCGGGGAUGGCGGCGGGAGAAGACGCCCGACACGGCAAGCAGGGCUGCGCGAGCGAGCCGGAGGCCCCGCGCCGGGGAUGGGCCGCGGCGGCGGCGGGGGCGGCGGGGGCGCGGGGGCCGGACGCCGGCAGCAGGUCUCCCCUGGAGGCGUGGGUUCGAAUCCCACUCCUGACACGCCCACCUUUUGGCCCGCCCAACGCGGGCUCUCCGCACCCGGGCCUGGACGACGCCCUGUCUGUCCCGCCUUACACGCCGCUGCGGGCUGCGGGCUGCGGGCUGCGGCUGCGGCUGGCGGCGCCCUGGCACACGCCAGCGCGGGCCGAAAUGCCGGCAGCCCCGCGCGGGCCGGGCCACGCUCCCACUGAGGGGCGCGCCUCGCUCGCCUCCUCGCUCUCCCAGCCCCGCCCUACACCUCCCCCCCCCGCCCGCCGGGAGCGCGGGGUCCCCACGGCCUGUCCUUUCCGCCGGCCCCCAUUCAUUCCGUGGUCUCCACCCCCUCCGUCCCCGGGCGCCCACGAGGCGUGGCCACCCGGAGGCCUCACCACGGCCACACGCCCGCCAGGCGGGCAGCCGAGCCCUCCGCGCGCCAGCCAGAGACGGGACCCCCGCCCCGUUCGCUGGGCCUGGCCCGGGGGGGCGGGGUGGGGUCCACCCCGCCGUGGUGGCUCCGGGAGCCCUGAGCGCAAGGCAGCCCUGCCUCCCCGGGCCCCCUCCGCGCCGGAAGCCGCUGCGGGGCCGGGGCUCCAGGACGCCAGCGCGCUCCCUCACCGCGCCGCCCGCCAGCCAGCCAGCCGGCGGCCGCUCCGCCCAAGCGCACCUGCCGGCCUCACCCCCACCGCAGCCCAGCCGGCCCCGACGGAGAGCUCGCACACAAUCCGAGCUCCGGGCCCCAGCCGGCCCCCGCCGGCGCGCACUGCACGGGCCGGAGAGCCAUCCGCCCAUGGGCCUUCGGGGGGCGCCGGGAGGGAAGGGAAGGUCCGCGCUGAGCUGCGCCGGCCACAGACGCCCCGCGCUGCCUGGGAAUCGGGCGCGGGUCAGGCUUGGCCAGGCUGCUCCUCCCGGCAGGACAGUGUCUGGCGGCGGCCCCGCCCCAGGGAGAGGGCGCAGGGUGAGCCGAGUCCGCCUCGGGGCCUCGCUGGGACCGUGGGCGCCGCGCGCCGGCCCGAGCCCGAGCCCGAGCCCGAGCCCGAGCCCUCGGCGCAUCUGCACGGGCGCGGAGCCUGUCUUGCAGACCGCGGGCCCGCCGCCCCCCCGCGCCGGGUGCUCACCACUGGCCGUGCCGGGACGACGACGAGCGCCGCUGGGGAAGCCGUCUGGUGGCCGCCGCCACCGCCCCGGGAUGCUCUCUAUGGCCACCUGGCCGCGGUCUCCUUCAAACACGGGCCACUCCCCACUGCUAAAGUCACCGCGAGCACCAGGUCCAUGCAGCCUAGCCAGCACCGGCGCCAGCACACCCAGCCUCGAGGGACAGCGCCACCGCCGCCACGGCUGUCACCAGCACGUCGGGUCCACGAACGGCGGCGCACCAGCAUGGGCAUCACGGCCAAGGGCACGGAGGUCACCUCCCCCCCUCGCCCGGCCUCCACGACCCCCGCAGCACUUGGUCCACCACCAACCCCCAGGACCACCAUCCCCACACCAGCACCAGCACCAGCACCAGCACCAGGACUACCACCACCAUGCCAGAAGCAGUUGUACCAGCAGCAGCAGCAGCAGCAGCAGCAGCAGCAGCGGGACGUGCCCACCGCCAGCAGGCCAGCGUAG